AUGGUGGACUCCAGCCUCCUCGAUGCAACCUUCAUUCCCGCGCUUCAUAAAGCCCCUGCACUGUUACCCAUUGCAAAGUACCAUGAUGAGCUUCUGUUUGUGAUUGAGACAUACCCCGUCACCAUUGUCAUAGGCCAAACAGGGUCGGGCAAAACAACACAACUACCCCAAUUUCUCGAGAAGGCUGGAUGGUGUUCUGAUGGAAACAUCAUAGGCGUUACUCAGCCCAGAAGAGUUGCCGCCACAACGGUUGCACUCCGCGUCGCGGAUGAGAUGGGAUGUGAGGUAGGGAAAGAAGUAGGAUAUUCUAUCCGCUUUGAAGAUGUCACGUCACCAGUUACGCGCAUCAAGUUCCUGACAGACGGGUUGCUUAUCCGAGAAGCGCUGGUUGACCCGCUGCUCAGCCGCUAUGCUGUUAUAAUGGUUGAUGAAGCGCAUGAGCGCUCCGUCAGCACGGACAUUCUGCUCGGUCUCUUGAAGAAGAUAAUCAGGAAAAGACCCGAACUGAGGGUUAUUAUCAGCAGCGCAACACUCCAAGCGGAAGCGUUUCUCAAUUUCUUCACGGACUCGAACGAGAGUCACACAGCCGCAGAGGCGCAAAAGGGAUCAACUGGGAUUGGGAAAAUCGUGAGCCUGCAAGGCAGAUCGUAUCCCAUUGAUAUUCUUUACCUAGACAGUCCAGCAGCGGACUACUUGGAAAAGUCCAUCGGCACCGUCCUGGAUAUUCAUGCGCAAGAAGGAGACGGAGAUAUCCUAGUCUUUCUCACGGGUCGCGAAGAAAUCGACCAAGCGAUUCAAACCAUUGCGGAGAAAGUCGGCCGAGGAGGGAAAGAAUAUGCCAACUUACAGCCACUGCCACUGUAUGCAGGCCUGUCAUCGGAAGAGCAAAUGUACGUCUUUGACAAACCAUUGCCAGGCAAACGGAAGGUGAUAUUCUCAACGAAUAUUGCGGAAGCGUCCGUGACCAUCGACGGUAUUGUUUACGUCGUCGACUGUGGCUUUGUCAAACUGAGGGCUUACAACCCAAAGACGGGCAUAGAAACAUUGACGGCCACACCAACUUCAAGGGCGUCCGCGGCACAGCGAGCCGGCCGUGCCGGGAGGACAAAACCUGGAAAAUGUUUCCGAUUAUACACCGAGCAGACUUUCCAAACCUUGCCCGAUGCGAAUCCCCCAGAGAUCCAAAGGUCGAACUUGGCUCCCAUCAUCCUGCAGCUCAAGGCCCUCGGCAUUGAUAACGUGGUUCGGUUUGACUUCCUAUCACCACCUCCUUCAGAACCCAUGUCAAAGGCUCUCGAGCUUCUAUACGCCCUUGGCGCCUUGGAUGAGUACGCAAAACUGACAAGGCCACUUGGGAUCCGAAUGGCCGAGUUGGCAGUCGAGCCGAUGAUGGCAAAAGCUCUACUCUCUGCGCAAUCCUUCAACUGUCUCAGCGAGAUGCUCACAAUCGCUGCCAUGACCAGUCUUGGUGACAGCGUGUGGUUCUACCACGACGGUGACCAAAAAUCCAUGGAGAGUUCUCGGCGCAAAUUCGCCGCUGAAGAAGGCGAUCACCUUACGUUACUCAAUGCAUACAUAGCUUUUGUUACCAAAGGGAAGAAGGAACCACGGUUUUGUCAUGAGAACCACUUAAAUUUCAAGUCAAUGACGCGCGCAGUCAGUAUUCGCGCCCAGCUGAAACGCUACCUGGAGCGAUUCAACAUUGAGGUCAGCGAGUCUCUUACCACGCCACGAUCAGAAGCCGACACGAAAAACAAGGCGGAGCAAAUAAGGCGCUGCCUCACAUCAGGUUAUUUCGCCCAUGCGGCUCGCAUGCAGCCGGAUGGAACGUACCGCAAUGUCGAAGGGGGCACGGUUAUGCAGGCACAUCCAAGCUCGAUAUUGUUUAAUCGCAAGGCUGACUGGGUCAUUUUCCAUGAGGUAAUGGAGACUGGCCAAAAGACUUUUAUGCGGCAUCUUACCAAGAUAGAGAAAAGCUGGUUGCUGGAGAGCGCGCCAGAGUUUUACACACUAUCCAGCGCCCGAACAGUAUGA